AGUGGUUUUUCCGGCCCUCGGAAAUUACUUAUUAUUUGAGGGAUGCAGAGAUAUUGGAGAACGAACUAUUUUUUGCAUCGGGUGAUGGCAUUGGUCUUGCGAAUAUCAAUCCUUUGGGCCCAAGGUUAUGGAUGAAAAAACUAAGAAACAGCAAGGAAUGGAAAUAGGGUUGAAAGAAGAGAAGAUAAUUGUUGUUUCGGAGCUGGAUCUUUUGGUAAUAGUGGUGACUUCCUUGUAAAAUUUAUUUGUAGCAAGCAUCGAUCAUCCGUGAGAUCAUUUGUUUUUUCUUACAAUUUUACAGAAGAGAUAAUUGUGAUGUUCAAGUAUAAAGAAGGUCUGCAUUUUGAGGGUAUUGCUAUGUUGGAAAAAGAACAUACUCUAUGAGUAUUUGUUUAUAUGGAGUCAGGACGCAAGGGUGAGCAUGAGUAGGACAAAUUUUGAUAGGGAAUGCUUGUAGCAUAUGGAAAGAUAUCAGAUAUUGCAAUCUUGCAAAUUAUGGGUUCUUAAUCUAGAAAUGCUUUAUAUUGAUGUAUUGUUCACUCUAUAGACAUUCCUUACUUGUCAUAUGGAAAAUACAUGAGAAUAGUUUCUUUUAUAGGUCUCCGUUUAUAGAUGCUCGACAUAUUGAUGAUAGUUUACCUUUCUCAACUUAUGAAUACCUCAUUUAAUAGGCCUUGGUGUUUGUAAACAUAUUUAGAUACGUUAUUAUAUACAAAUACAUUGAACAUGCCUAUAGUCAGUGUCAAUAGUAAUUUUUAUUUCUUUUUCUUGUUGUUUACGGCAUCAUGACCAUACCACCCAAGGUAUCAUUUGGACAUAGGGUACUACACUGAUGAAAUCUUGAUAUGUAAGCAAAUUUGGUGGGAUUAGAACAUCUAGAUAUAAUUCAUGUGCUCAACGAGUUAUGGAUGGUUGAAGUUAGUGGACUAUCAAAGGAGCAAGUUACCUGAGAAUUUCAAUGCUUUCAAUUCUUUGGAUUUAUCUUCAAGACUAAGAUGCUGAAAGUUUAGAGGUUCACCUACUUAGGUAAGUGCCUUUAACUCCAACGUAGUCAAUGGCGCCGAAUGGCGCGCACCUGGGCGCCUUUUCGGCUCGCCAUGGAGAAGAUGGCCUGGGCAGCCUGGGUUUUGGCUGGGCUGCCCAGGCCCGUGAGUUAAAACAAAAUAUUAGGUUAAUUAACCCUAAAUAUAAAAGGAAUUUAGGGUUUAUAAAAGGAAUUUUAGUAAAUUAAGAAGUUUGCAUGCAUGGGUAACUUUCAUUCUUGAGUCUUAUUUAUUCAGUUCUCUCUUCUUCCUCUUUCAACGCAUCUUCUUCUCAAUUCUUCUCUUUUUCUUUCUUCCAUAGUAUCUGCCACUGCUGUUCACCGGUAUGAAUUUUUUUCUAAAUUUAUGAAGUGUAAAUUUUUGGUCUACUUAUGCCGAUUGAAUCUUUGAAAUUGAUGUGAUUUUAUUAAUCUUUUGAGUGUUUUAGUUGUUCUGUUAGUGUUUUCUUAUUUUAGUGUUGAAUUUGUUGUUUUAUAUGUCUUAUUUAACUCCUUAUACAUUAAUCUAGUCAAAAUAAAUACUAAUUAUAUAAAUAUAUAGAUUAUUUCUUAUAUUUGCGCUAUCCUUCGGAAAGGCGCGCGCCGCGCCGUGCGCCACUAACUACUAUGUUUAACACCUUACUCAAGAUCCAUGUAAAGUGUUAACCACCUUCUGCUGAAAAAGAGACUUAUUGUACUUUUAAAGACUAUAGUCCUUAAUGUCCUUGAUGGCUUUGAAAUAAAAAUCUAGAAAGGUUAUUAAGUAGUCAUAGAAGAGGACAAUGACAAUCAUUUUCCUGUGAGAGAGUUUUGUUAACACUAGGAAGAGUUCUGGGUGGGGUAGGUUAUGUGCAGUGGAGGCACAAGGGAUACAGUGUACAUAGUGGAAUGGGGUGUCUGAUAAGGCUUGAUAAGGAAAGGGGGAAUAUUCACAAAUGAAAAUUUGAUGGACUGAAUGAUGAUGGAAAUGUGUUUAGGAGAUAUGAAAUGUCGAACGCUUGAAACGUGGCACCAUAGUUUUUCAUUGGAUCAAUAGUGGUGUGUUAAAGACCAGGAAUUUGCCAUCAUGCGCUUUCUCAAGCUUUCUUUUCGUUUCACAUAUUGAAAGAUGAAAUCUUGUUUUCUGGUGUUGUAUGCAAAACUGGAUUUGGUGAAACUAUAAAAGAUAGUGUUAAUAAUACAUUUUCUGAAAUAGGGCAAGUGUAUAGGUUUUUAUCUUUUGAGAUACAUACCUAUGUGAAAUGCUAUUGCAUUUAUCUUUUGCGUAUGUACUUGUAGCAGUACUUAAUUUCCUAUUGUCAAUCGAAUAUUUUGCAAAAUUGCCUGGAAAAAUGGAGCAAAAGACAUGAUAUCUCAUACUUCCAGAGUGAUUCUAUUACGGAAUGCAUUAAGCUUUAUUAUUUUUUGUUUAUUAUAUUUAUAUGUUUUUCUCAUAUUUUUAUGAUUUAUAUCAGUCUGAAGUAGGUGUCAAGCUUAAAAAAAAAAAAAAAAAAGUAGGUGUCAAGCUCUUUAUGAUAUAUGCAAAGUCCUAUAUCGGCCUUUAUUAUAUAUAUAAGAGCUAAUUGUUUGUCUUCAUAGUAAAGAAGAGGAAAGAGUACUUUAGAAGGAUCAAUUCUUUGUUUGUGUUAUGGGAAUGAUUUUGAGGGCAGGAGAUUAACAUAACUUUCACUAGAUGGAGCUAGUUCCAUCCCAUUAGGACAUCUAGAGUUUGUUCCUAAUUUUUUUGGGUUGUCUUGAUGAAUGGCAGUAUAGUUUGAUGUUUGCGUUCUUUUUGCUCUCUCUUCUUGCUUGGAUAGAAAAUGUUAUCCUUAUGCUGUGAGCUCUGUUUAUGUAUCAAGCGUCUAAUGGAGAAAAUGACUUGUAUAAUUUGAGUAUGAGUUUUAUUCAUUACCUUUUCUGGAAAGGGCAAGUUCCCAGGAAGUUGAACAUGUAUUUGAUGUACAGGCAUGUAUAGGCAGCUACAAUCUUCUAGUGCAUAUGGAAGGCAGGCCUUGGUGCCCAUUAGCUUAAGAAAUUUUUUGCUUUUCAAAAAGAUACUUCUGUUCCUUUAUUCAGUGGCAUUUUCACAUAAUUACUCUUGAGUGAAUUGAAGUGGGAACUUGCCAUGUGUCCAUUAAUUAAAUCAGGAAGCUAUUGCUGGAAAAUGCAAUGUUGUCUGCAUUUCAACUGACAGUAGAAAUCCGCAACCUUCAGCGGAAGAACUUCGAAUGGCUGAUUAUGUCUUUUACCGCAUCUUUGAUGUUAAAAGCUGUACGAUUUCAGAUCAGAUGGACGAUACAGUUGGUGGGCUGAAAGUCAAGUUUGUAUUUAACAGAGCAGAGAGUGUUGGGACUCUUGAUGUUCCCACUCUUGUUUCAAACAGCAAAGAUGAGGCAAGAAAUGUGAUUGCAUGGGAAGAAACACCAAAGCUUCUAGGUAAUAACUCAACUCAGCAAUUGAACAAUCUGAAAUGGCAUGAAAAUGGCAAUCCCGUGCUCGAAAAAGAAGGUACAGAUCUGAAGCAAGUGCAGGUGAACCUGGAAAGUUUACUUGGAGAUUAUUCUGCUGGUGUUGAUGUGAAUGCAAAUAAAGAUAGAGAAACUACAGGCACUAUAUUGGGUGCUGAAAAUGUUGGGUGCGGGGUCAGUACUGAGAAAGAUAAGGUUAAGGACAAGAAGACACUCAUAAAUCAGGUUCAAGUUGAAAAGAGAAUGAGUUCUGCCAGAUCACCUUGUGAUUUAGAUGAUACACCAUUAAAGAGAGUGAAAUUUGAUGGUCCAUCAUCAUCUUCAAAGGGUAGAGAAAGGCCAUCAACAGGCAAUGUUGUUUCACAUAAUGAAACAGCUAGGCUAUCAACAACCAAUGUUCCUCAUGAAGCUCCAAAAUCAGGAUCCAAUAAGGAUCAUGAGGGAUCAGGACAAUCUGCAAAGUUAGUUAAAAGUGCUAGUGCUUCAUUCAAAAGGCCGUUGGAUACAAGCACUCGUUUGUCUAAGGAAAAAUCAAAUACUAGACAUGAUGCUUGCCAUGAGAACAAGGAUGCGAUAUUAGAUAAUGAUUCAUGUUCUAUGGAAGGAGGGCUUUCAAAGAAAGGAAAAUAUGAUGAUUCCCUCAAGAUAUCAAAAGAUAAUAACAAUAAUUCUAGUGUGAAGUUCAAGGAGAAAACCUCAUUGGGUGAAACAAAAAAUUCACCAAAGCUUGCGAUUUCUCAUGAUAAGAAGGAAAAAUCAAGGCUUGGCGAGGGGUCUUCGAACGAGAAUCAUAAUGACAAGGUGGGCAAGCUUUCUAAUGACAACUUGCCUAAUCUAUUAAUUACAACAACUGAUGGUGGUGGUAAGAAUGUUGAAGGCCGAAUUUUUGAAGUCACUCGAAGACCAAUUGCCGAAAAAGGUAAUUGGAUGAAACUGCCUUGGGAGGAAAAAAUGAAGACUGCUCAUGAUCAAGGAAGAUUGGUUUUGCUCCAGAAUCUAGAUCCAGAGUACACUUCAGGAGAAGUACAGGAUAUUAUUUCGUCCGCGUUUGAUGAAAACUGCACAGCUAGAAUGGUGCAACAUACUGCUACUUCUAGUCCGCACUCUGGUCAAGCUUUUGUUAUAUUUAAAUCAAGGGAAGCUGUGGAUAGAGUUGUGAAAAAACUGGAUGAUGAGUGCUUAAUGUUACCAAAUCAGAGGCCUCUGGUAGUUUGCACUGGAGUUUUUCCACACUUUUCUGAAAAGCGGACGACCUUUGUUGGUCAUUUGGCUAUUGACAAAGCUAGACGUCAAGUACAAAGGGAAAUGAAAGAAGCUGUGUCUACUUCUCAUUACUCCCAGAAUAACACAAUUGAAUAUGAGAUGGCUAUGGCUUGGUGCUUACUGCAAUCAAAAUCUGAUAAAUGGUGGGAGAAGCUUUAUGAGCAACAAGGAAAGGAGUUAAAGAAACUUGUGGGUGCUCUCAAGUCGAAGUGAACUUCAAGUGCGUGUUUUUGGGGAAUGACAAUGUUAACAAAGGAACUUAGCUUUCUUUUCCAUGUACAUACACAAUGGGAAUUUGGCUAUUUUGGGCUGGUUAAGAGACCUGGCUGCCGAUCUCCCAGUCUGACGAGUAGAAGCAAUAUAUUGUCUGUGAAUAUGUAGUUUAUUGAAAGAUAAUGUCAUUUCCCUUUGUUGUAGAGAAUUGCCCAGAGAUGUUGAUUCUAAUCUUUAUAGAUCUAUUUGAUCAUUUACACAGUUUUUCAUGCUUAUGUGGGAUAAUUAGUGAUGAUCCUCGGUUCCAGUA